UUCCUCCCUCAGCAGUGACGUCUCUGGACGUGCUGCUCCCCGGCCCGGCGCAGGCACCUCUCGGGGCUCCGGCACCGCGGCCCAGCCCGGCAGCAGCCUCCGGCGGGACACGGGCGCUGUCCGGGGCCGCCCAUGCGACCGGGGGACGAUGCGGGCGGCGCGGAGCCGGCGGUAGUGCCCGCACCGGGCUCCCCCAGGGAGCAUGGGCUGCAUCGGCUCCAAAACCACCAUCGUGGCUGUGGACACAACGCUGUGUGUGGAGUGGAAAGAGGUGAAAGCGCUGUCUCCGCUGAGUGCUGCUCGCCCGCUGCCCCGCCUGGUGCGCCAGGCCUCCUUCGACAGCCAGGACUUCCUCCAGGUCAAUGUUGAGGACACUGUCGAGAUGCUGCCCAAGUCACGGCGCGCGCUGACCAUCCAGGAGAUCGCUGCCCUGGCCCGCUCCUCUCUGCAUGGCAUCUCACAGGUGGUGAAGGAACAUGUGACAAAGCCGACGGCCAUGGCACAGGGCCGUGUCGCCCACCUCAUCGAGUGGAAGGGCUGGUGCAAGCCGGUGGAACCACCCACUGCCCUGGAGAGCGCCUUCAACUCCUACUGCCACCUGAGCGAGGGCGAGCAGGAGGCGCGCUUCGCUGCUGGCGUGGCGGAGCAGUUCGCCAUCGCCGAGGCCAAGCUGCGCGCCUGGUCCUCAGUGGAUGGGGAUGACUCCAAUGAUGAGUCUUAUGAUGAGGACUUCAUGCCCUCCACAGAUUGCUCUCAGCACACAGAGCUGCCUGGCUCGGUGCCUGCCAGCGCGCUGCUGCGAGACCUGCUGCAGGGCCACCUGUGCCAGCUGGGCAUGCGGCAUGGCUCCUGCGAGCCCGAGAGCGACUCCUCGCACACGCUGUCCCCUGAGACUCUCUGCUCCAGCCUCUGCAGCCUGGAGAUGGUGUCCCCCUCUGAACUCACUGCCAAACUGCUGGGCUCUCUGGGCGGCGAGGACCUGCUGGUGCCCAAGCUGCCCCCCCCGGCCAGCCAAAGUGCCUUGCGGGGCCUGGCACGGCUCCGGUGCCAGGACUCCUUCUACUCCGUGUCCUACGCCGAAGCCUGCCUCUCGCCUGCUGAAGAUGAGGUGGUGCUGAGCAAGGACUUCCCGCUCCGACGGAAAGUCUCCGACGUUGCAUCCUCCGGGGUUGCAUCGCUGGAGGAGGAGGCUGAAGAGCCCUGAUGUCCCCCCUGGGGUGCCCUGCCUCUCCCGGCAGGGGUCCACCCUUCUGCCGGACCCUGUGCUGGGCAAAGGACAGCCCUGCUGCUGUGCCCCCUCACUAUCUGGGCACAGGGGGGUUUUGGGGGGCUGCUGCAGGCCCCCGGCCAUUGUGCCCCCGCCCCGCUUGGCCAUAUCGUUGCCCUCCUGGAUUUUUGCAUGAGAGCGGGGAAGGGGCACAGGGAAGGGCUUGGUGGGGUCCGACCCCCACCCUGAUGCCCAGAUGUGCCCCCUAAAACUGACAGGACUGAAACAGUGGGGCUGGUUGUUCGCAUGUUUCCCCCCCAGACCACCCCUGGCUCCCCUUUUGAGCACAGGUUCCCCACUGGCGUGGCUGAACCUCUUCGAGCAUCCCAUGGUGCCCCUGCCCCAUGCCUGCACCCUCGGCUUGGGGCAGUGGGAGGCAUGUGGGGAGCGGGGGAUUUCCUCCUCUCUCCCCAGCCAGCUUUUAUCGGACAGAGUUUUAAACUGUGAACUGCUGCCCUGGGGCCAGGGAAGCUCUGGGGUCGGUCCGUGGUGCCGGGGUUUCUAUACUUUUGUACUUGUGUGGGGCUGGCAUGGGAAGACUGCGGGGCAGAGGGCGGGCAUAGGCCCCAGGCUGGGGGCUUUGGGACAUCUAUGGCAGCACCCUCAAGCCAGUCCCGCAGCAGGGGGCUCAGCCCAGCCAGGGACCCUCAAGUCUGCUGAGGGGCAAUGUGGGGUGGAGAUGGGAAGGGGCACCGGGACCAACAUCCCUGACCCCGAGUCACUCACCCCUAGCAGGGAACCAAGUGCCUACAUGAAGGGCGACCAUUCCCCCUGUCUUGAUCGGGGUGGCACCCUGGCUCAGGGGCCCCCCAGGGCCAUGCCGGGGGUCCAAGCACGCUGUUUGGAGAAGGAAUGCUAUUUUUUGCCAACGCUUGUGCCCCCCUUCCUGCAUGGCAUGUGUUCUUGUAGGGCCGCUUGCCCGCUGCAUGCUGCUCCUUGCCCAUGGCCACAGCACCCCUGGCCCUGCACCCACAGGUGCCCCAGCACCUGCUCCAGCUCUGCUCCUGUGUACCCCCCAGGAUCCCCAUCAACCCCCGCCAGGCACAGAACCCAUUUCCCCUCCCUACUGUAGGGUGCCCGGCAUGGGUCUGGCUCCCCUCUUCCUGCAUGGCCAAGCUGUGAAGGGGUGCAGGGGCCAGCAGGCCUGAUGCCAUCCUGAUGGGCUCCCUGCCAUCACCCUCUUUCUGUGGACAUCGGAUGCUCCCCGCGGCACUGGGAUGAGCUGCGGGGUAUGGGGUGCCUGCGGAUGGGUGUGGGGCCUUGCUCUGUGUGUGUGCAUGUGUGUGUUCGAAUGUGCACAUCUGGAGUGUACAUGCACAUGCACAUGUGUGCAUUACCCACAGCAACCUGAGCCCCCACCCCGCUGUGGCAGUACCCGUGGGGUGCCCACCCUGGCACCCCUCCUCCAUCCCACCACGUCUCCAAUAAAGUCCAUUGUGCGA